AUUUGCUAAUCCUAGUUCAUUGAUUCUGUACCAAAUUCUGCUAUAGAAUUGUUUCUGCUGCAUUACUCUCACAGUAAUGGCUCCUCCGCGGAUUCUUGUAUGUGGAGACGUCAAUGGCCGUCUUACCCAGCUCUACAAACGAGUCUCAACGGUAAACAAAUCAGCAGGUCCAUUUGAUGUCCUGCUCUGUGUAGGCCAAUUUUUCCCUGAUUCACCUGAAAAUAAUGAAGAAUUUCUUGAUUAUAUUCAAGGAAGGUCUCAAAUCUCAAUCCCUACUUAUUUUAUUGGUGAUUAUGGAAUUGGAGCACCUAAAGUCCUCUCAGUUGUUUCUAAUGAUCCAAAGAGUCAAGGGUUUAAGAUGGAUGGAUUAAGGGUUUGUGAUAAUCUCUUUUGGUUAAAAGGCAGUGGCAAAUUCACUCUUCAUGGGUUAUCAGUGGUCUACUUAUCGGGUAGGCAUUCGUUGAGUGGCCAGCUAUAUGGAACAUAUAGUCCAGAUGAUGUGGAUGCAUUGCGAGCUUGGGCAGAAGAACCUGGAGUUGUUGAUUUGUUCCUCAGUAAUGAAUGGCCGAGUGGAGUUUCAAAUGGAGCUGUUAUUAAAGAAGCCCCUCCUGGAGUUUCAGAUUCUUCAGGGACUGAUCCUGUAAUUUCGAAAUUGGCUGCAGAGAUCAAGCCUCGGUAUCAUUUUGCGGGUACUAAAGGUGUAUUUUACUCCCGCGAGCCAUACUCUAACCUUGAAGCUAAGCAUGUGACACGUUUCGUGGGUCUUGCUCCUGUUGGAAACAAAGACAAACAGAAGUUUAUACAUGCGAUUUCUCCUACUCCAGCGUCUAUGUUGUCUGCGGAUGAGAUGUCAAACAGACCACCAAACACCACCUUAUCUCCAUAUACAACUGUGCAAACCACACCUCAUGCUAAGGAUGCAGCAAAACGACCUAGUAAUAGUGUUGACGAAGAUCAAUAUUGGCGUUAUGAUGUCUCUCAAAAACGUCAAAGGAAGGGACCUGGAGAUGGUUUAUGUUUCAAAUUUAUAUCUUCUGGGAACUGUCCGCGAGGUGAAAAAUGUAAUUAUCAGCAUGAUAUGGAUGCUAGAGAGCAAUGCCGUAAAGGAGUUUGUAUAGACUUUAUUAUCAAAGGAAAGUGCGAAAAAGGUCCUGAUUGCAGUUAUAAGCAUAGCUUGGCGGACAAGGAUGACAAGAUUGUGCAAAAAAGUCAGAGGACUGAAAGGUCUAAAGAAUGUUGGUUCUGUUUAUCAAGUCCUAACAUUGAGCAACAUCUCAUCAUUAGUAUAGGAGAAAGCUAUUAUUUUGCCUUAGCAAAGGGGCCACUUGUCGACGACCACAUACUGAUUAUACCUAUUGAGCAUUUGCCAAACACCGUUUAUGAAGACCCAAAUUCUGAGAUUGAGCUAGAAAAAUUCCAAAAUGCUCUGAAGAUGUACUUUAAGGAACAAGGCAAACAAGUUGUUUUCUUUGAAUGGGUUUUCAAGCAUGGGACCCAUGCUAAUCUUCAGGCUAUUCCCAUUCCUUUGUCAAAAUCAGCACUUCUUCCAAAACUUUUUAAUAUGGCUGCAGGAAAGUUAGGAUUUAAUUUUGUAUCACUAAAGUCAGAUAAAAGUUCCGAAGGAAGAAAAUCAUUGAGGGAACAAGUUGACAGGAAAUCCAGCUUCUUUUAUGUUGAACUCCCGGAUGGAACAAUCCUCUCACAUCCUGUUGAGGAUAACGAGAAAUUUCCUGCCCAAUUUGGCCGAGAGGUUAUUGCAGGACUCUUAGACAAGGCAACUAAAGCUGACUGGAGGAAUUGUAAGCUCUCUAAAGACGAAGAAAUCAUAAUGGUCGAUGACUUUAAGAGAAAAUUUCAAAUGUUUGAUCCAACUCUCUGAUAUCCAACAUGAAUGGUAAACCCGUCCUUUUCUACAGCUGGUUCAGAUUUCAACUGUACCAAUAAAAAUUAACUUGGAAAGUAAAUUCUGUAUUUUAUCCUAGUCUUCAAACUAACUUGUUUUCUAGUCCUGUGCUAGGGGUCUUAUAGGAAACUGUAGUUCUGUACUUUCAAGAUACUGUAUUAUUUUCCAUCUGAGAAUGAGUUUUCCAGCCGAUGCAAGCACUAAAAGAUGAUGUAAUUUUGUCGAAUUUUGUUUUUACAGUUUACACUCUAGAAAUUGAUUUUUUUUUGUUCAA